AUGUCCACCAAGGUUUUGCUCGUCGGAGCAGCGGGUGAAACCGGAGGUUCUAUCGCCAACGGACUGUUGGAUACCGGUAACUUUGAGGUCAUCGCCCUUGUUCGCCCUAUCUCUGCCCAAAAGCCAGCUAUCACGCGCCUCCAGGAUCGGGGAUGCCAGAUUCGGAAAUGCGACUUGAAGGCCCCAGAGGAGCAGCUCAUCGAGGCGUUGGCUGGUAUUGAUGUGGUUAUCAGCUGUGUUGGUCCUGCCGAACAACAGGACCAGAUCCCUCUCGCCAAGGCAGCCAAGAAGACUGGCGUGAAGCGAUUCGUUCCAUGUGGUUUCAUCACUGUCUGCCCACCGGGUGGUAUCAUGUGGUUGCGUGACGAGAAAGAAAUCGUCUACAAUCAGAUCCGCCAGUUGUGGCUUCCCUACACCGUCGUCGAUGUCGGCUGGUGGUACCAGCUUGCCUACCCCCGCCUUCCCUCCGGGCGUGUCGACUACGCCAUGACAUCUGGCAACGAUGAAAUUAUCGGUGAUGGCAACAUGCCCACAGCACUGACCGACUUACGAGACAUCGGUCGCUACAUGGCUAUGAUCAUCUCCGACCCCCGCACUUUGAACAAGAAGAUCCUCGCCUACAAUCUGGUCUCCUCGCAAAACAAGAUCUACGAGCUCAUGGAGGAACUCAGCGAGGAGAAGAUCGAUCGAAACUACAUUCCCGAAGAAACCAUCUGCAGCAGAGUCGUGGCGGCCCGACAAGCCAGUGAAACCUACCCCUUCGACCCAAUCAAGUUCAUUCCGCGGUACCUGGCCGAAUAUCAGCUGUCUUGGGGAAUCCGCGGCGACAACAACCCCGAGUACGCCAAGUAUCUCGGCUACCACACUACACAGGACCUGUACCCCGAAUUCCAACCUACAGAUUUCCGUGAAUAUCUCGAGUCGGUCAUUCGUGGUGCGGCCAAGGCCAUCGGAUCGGCGAUUGGAACGGGCUUGAUGGUUGGUACUGGAAGAGCAUUGUCUAUGAGCGGUCCGGCAGCUAUAAUAAUUUCCUACACCAUCGUCGGAUUCGCGGUUUACCUCGUCCUCUCUGCCUUGGGUGAGGUUGGCUCAUGGUUACCGAAACCAUAUACCGUUGCAGAUCAAGCCGUCCGAUUUUGUCAUCCUGCACUUGGAUUCAGCUUGGGCUGGAUAUUUUGGCUGAAAUAUGCUGUUGUCACACCGAAUCAGCUCACAGCUGCCGCGCUGGUAGUUUCGUAUUGGGUCAGUGCGGAGCGAGUCAAUCCUGGUAUCUGGAUCACAGUUUUCCUUUCGGUCAUUAUGACUCUCAACUUCAUCAAUCACCGACUCCCGAGCAGAAUCGAGUUCUAUGUCUCUUCAUUCAAGCUUGUUGUUAUGCUUGGACUCAUGAUACUUUCCACCGUUAUUGCUCUGGGAGGAGGCCCUGAUCGAGAUAUGAAAGGAUUUCGGUAUUGGUCGUACCCCGGUGCUUUCGGUGCUAAGCCCCAUCAUGAUAACGCGUUGCUAGAGAAGUUCUACAUAACCUGCUCGACGAUGUCAUCUGCCACCUUUGCGUACAUCGGAAGCGAGCGAUCUGGCAUGGCUCACUUCCCAAACGUUCGAAAGGCUACCUCAAGGGCUAUCCAGAAUACCUUUUAUCGAAUCAUGGUCUUCCACCUUCUAGCAAUCACCCUUCUUGGGAUGAUUGUCCCCCAGGACUCGGCCACUGUAGUAUUUUCUACUGAUUCCUCCCGCGAGGCUGCCGCAUCGGCAUUUGUUGCAGCUCUGUAUUUGGCAGGCAUCUCCGUGCUACCGGACUUGUUGAAUGCAUGCAUACUGUUGUUCGUCCUGUCAAUCGCAGACUACGAUCUCUAUCUGGCAACCAAGGCAAUGUGCGACCUCGCAGUGAAGCGUCGUGCCCCUGCUUUCCUAUCACGCACUACCCGGCGAGGCGUCCCGAUCUACGCUUUGGCUGUGUGCUCGUCAACUGCAACAUUGGCAUAUCUUAAUGUCCGCCAAGACUCAACUGUUGUCUUUGGAUACUUCGUGGACAUGGUCACAAUGCUCGGGUUGCUCACGUGGAUUUCAAUUCUCGUCACCCAUAUAUCCUUUGUGCGAGCACGAAAGGCCCAAGGAAUUCCCGACAAAUCUCUGGCUUUUAGAGCUCGCUUCGGUCUGCCUGGGACGUGUUUGGCUCUCAUUCUCUGCUUGUUCAUCUCCGUCGCCAUUGUCUUCGACUCCUUCAGUUUCGAUGCAGGUGUUCGGACAUUCGAUGUCAAAUCGUUCAUUGCCUCAUACAUCAGCAUUCCGGUCUAUAUCAUCUUGAUGGUUGGCUACAAGCUCGCUGUCCAUAGUAAACAUGUCAACCCCAAGGAGGCUGAUCUAUGGACAGAUAAGAUUGAACAGGACAAUGAGAGAGGGGACACAGCGGAAGGAAGUUGA